AUGUCCCUUCAAGAUCAAACCAUCUCCAGCGCUAUGAACAAAGGCAACUCCUUUGCAAAGAGGCCCAAAGAGGUUACCCAGAAAUCAGAGAAGAAACACAAGGAAUUCGAGGCUAUUUCCAAGUUCUUCUCUAAGGAAGAGUGGGAAAAACUUGGAUACUCAGAUAAAAUCACCUAUGUGUACAUGAAGAGAAACUAUGACAUCAUGACUGGUCUAGGUCUCAAGACCACCCUCCCAGCCUUCAUGUGUCCUAAAAAAUGUGCCACAAAGUCCAGUGGGCAUGAUUCUGAUGAAGACCAGGACUCCGGGAAUGAGAAUGAACCUCUUCAGGAGGAUUCUGAUGUGCAACAGAGAAAACGCCUGAAGGUGAUGCACAAGAAACCAAAGGAAAAAGAUGAUUCAGACCCAGUGCCAGUAGCACUUGGCUCUAAGCAGGUUCAGGAACAGCAGCGCUGCCCAGGAAAAGCGAGUGCCCCUGGUAAAAAGAGUAAGAAGAAACCAGGAUCCAAGAAAGGGAAGAAUAUUUGGGCGAAUAGACUGCGCCAAAGAAAGACCCUGAAAGCACGUGAAGAGAUCAGUGAUCCCGAGGAAGAUGACUAA